UCUACGUCACGCCCGCCCGGGUGUGUGUGCUGCUGACUGCGGGCGCAGCGACAUCAUGCCGUUGGAGCGCUAGACACGCCGUUUUAAAGGGCUAGCCCGUUCUCAGCCCGUUGCUGUGCUGUUCUCUCUCUCUCCCUCCCUGCCCUCUGUGUGCUGCUGAUUCAUCACGAUUAGGUGGUUAGCCAGCCUGCCAGCCAUAGGCUACAUGCACAAGCCAUGCCAGCCAGACUGAGUGGGGGCUUUCAUAGCUAAAGUAGACAAAGAAAGGGCUUGCUUGUCAUACGUAGGCUAGGCUAUAGCAUCGCACUACAGUGCAGAGAGAACAACAUGUGUGGCGGUUGGGAAUAUUUUUGAUAACUUCAUUGCGAGAUAGAUUUAUCAUAUCGAGAGUUACGGGGGGACUGGGAAUCCCCCCCUGGUUUUCAGAAAUCAGACAUCGUAAAUCGGUUUACAUAGAGUAGCCUAGCUAGAUAAGGAAGAGGAAGAUAUAUCGUGUAUUCGAGGUGUGUAGCCGAGUUGGAACUGUCUAGAAAACGUGAUUGUAGGUUAGGUGGCUGGAGAGAUUCACAGCAGAAGAACUGUCCGAGUGUUCGAGUGCUGAAACGGAAGUAACCGGAGCGGAGCGGAAAACGGGCCGCACUGGAUAGGGACGCAACAACCGCGAGCGCGGUCAGCGUGUGUCUGUCUGUUGCUAUUUCAGAGGAAGGAGAGAUGGAGGGUCGAGAGAAGGGAUUAAAAAACGAGUGGAGCUCUGAGGUGUGUUCAGAGGGGGGUGGUUCUCGUGGCAUGUCGACCACUAAUAAGGGAAACAAGGCCUUGAAGGUGAAGAGGGAGCCGGGGGAGAAUGGGACCACCCUGACAGAUGAUGAGCUGGUGACUAUGUCCGUCCGGGAGCUCAACCAGCACCUCCGCGGCCUCACCAAGGAUGAGAUCCUGCAGCUUAAACAGCGCCGGCGCACCCUGAAGAACCGUGGCUACGCCGCCAGCUGCCGGGUCAAACGGGUCACCCAGAAGGAGGAGCUGGAGAAGCAGAAGUCACAGCUUCAACAGGAAGUGGAUAAGUUGGCGUCGGAGAACGCCAGCAUGAGGGUGGAGCUCGAUCACCUGAGGUCGAAGUACGAGGCUCUACAGAGUUUUGCAAGGACUGUGGCGAGGAGCCCGGGAGUGGGGUUAGGGGUCGGGGGUCAGAGGGGAGGUGGUGGGGUUGGGUCGGUGAUCGGGCCACUCAUACCGGGGAAAGUGGCGGCGACGAGUGUCAUCACGAUAGUGAAGUCGAAAACGGACGCGCGGUCUUAGUAGCGGGCUGGGCCAAGGAGGGAUGAGAGGAAAAAGGGAGGGAAGGGAGAGGAGGAGAGGAAGCGAAUUAGGACUAUUUAAAAAUGAAACCAUUGGUCAGUGCAUCGUCAUUGAGCACAGGACAGAAUUUAAUCAGGUGAGGUGGCCCCCCUUUGAGAAAAUAUCACGCCCUGGAUAGUAAUUACUGUGUUUCUACUGUUAUUUUGUAACUGUUGUACACGAGGUCCAACGUUGUAAUUUGAUGUAAUGUAGUUAUGUUGUGUCAUGGAACACUGUGAACUUCAUCCGUGGCUGACGUUCGUUUUGGUAUCAUUCUAUUUGGCCGUGUUUUUACUGAAAACAAUUAUUUUUUACCCAACGGGCUUCCGUACUCACAGGCACUUCCUUGUUUUGCAGAAACAGCUUGCAGAGCCAUCAAUUUAUUUAAUUUUUUAUCAUAAAAAUGACAGAGAAUUGUAUUUUGUAAUCGCUCAUUGCACAAGAGAGACAAGAUACUUUCAGAAAAGUGAGGAUCUUCAGGAAGAGGUUGUUUUGGUUAUUUUACAUUUUUUUGGUACUGUUCACCCUUUUUUCUCCCCAAUUUGUAGUUACAGUCUUGUCCCAUCGCUGAAA